CUGAGUGGUAGAUUUGGGAGCUUGUCUUUGUUUGAUAGUAAAUAAAUAAAGAAAAGCUUGAUUCUGAGAAGAUGGCACGGGGUAGGAUAAGAGCAAAGCUCCGCAAGAGCCAUCUUUAUUCGUUUUGUCUAUUUCGAAGUUCAGGGAGCGGGGGACAGUCUAUAGGAGGGCCUGGAUUCUCAAGAACUGUAUAUUGCAACGAACCUCAAGUGCUCAACCAAAAACCUUAUCGAUCAAAUAUCAUAUCCACAACCAAAUAUAAUUUUUUUUCUUUCUUGCCAAAAGCUCUGUAUGAACAAUUCCACCGAGUAGCCAAUUUGUACUUCCUUGGAUGUGCAAUUGCUUCACUUACACCCCUUUCGCCAUUUUCUCCUGUGAGCAUGAUUGCACCUUUGGCCUUCGUCGUAGGGCUAAGCAUGGCGAAGGAAGGUUUGGAGGAUUGGCGAAGGUUUAUGCAAGAUAGGGAGGUUAAUAGUCGGAAAGUACAUGUUCAUAAUGAGGAAGGCGGCUUCGGUAAAAAGACAUGGGAAGACGUUCGAGUUGGAGAUGUGGUGAAAGUGGAGAAGGAUCAGUUCUUUCCUGCAGAUUUGCUACUGUUAUCAUCAAACUACGAGGAUGGAAUUUGCUAUGUGGAGACCAUGAAUUUAGAUGGUGAGACCAACUUGAAGGCAAAGAAAGCUUUGGAGGCAACCUUGGGUUUGGAUGAGGAUGAUAAUUUCAACAACUUCAAAGGAAUAAUUAAAUGUGAAGAUCCCAACCCUAGCCUUUACACCUUUGUUGGUAACCUUGAAUAUGAAGGUAAAGUUUAUGCUAUUGACCCUACCCAAAUUCUCCUUAGAGAUUCAAAACUCCGAAAUACAGAGUUUGUGUACGGGGUUGUGAUCUUCACUGGCCAUGAUAGCAAAGUCAUGCAGAACUCCACCAGGUCCCCUUCCAAGAGGAGCAGAGUAGAAAAGAAAAUGGAUUAUAUAAUUUAUGUUCUUUUCAGUGUCCUUCUGGUGAUAUCAUUGAUCAGCUCUUUUGGCUUUGCUGUGGAAAUUAAGUACAGCAUGCCAGUGUGGUGGUUUAUGCGACCCCAGGAUGCAGAUGAAUACUAUAGUCCCAAAAAGCCUGUAAUAUCAGGGCUUAGCCACAUGGUGACUGCCCUCAUGCUUUAUGGAUAUUUAAUACCUAUUUCUCUUUAUGUUUCGAUUGAGGUGGUGAAGGUUUUGCAAGCAACCUUUAUUAAUCAAGACAUACAAAUGUAUGAUGAGGACACUGGGAUUCCUGCUCAAGCACGGACAUCUAAUUUAAAUGAGGAACUGGGCCAAGUAGACACCAUCCUUUCAGAUAAAACAGGCACUUUGACCUGCAAUCAGAUGGAUUUUCUCAAAUGUUCCAUUGCUGGUAUUCCAUAUGGUGUGUCCCCUAGUGAAGUUGAACUUGCUGCUGCACAACAGAUGGCUAAUGACCAGGAGGAUCAAGGAGAACUUAAGACCCUUGUCGCUUCCAAGAAAGAAAAGGCUCAUAAAUCUCCCAUAAAAGGGUUUAAUUUUGAGGACAACCGACUCAUGAAUGGGAACUGGUUGAAAGAACCUACUGCAGCACGCAUUAUGUUAUUUUGCCAAAUAUUAGCAGUUUGUCACACUGCUAUCCCUGAGCUGAAUGAAGAGACCGGCAAUUAUACAUAUGAAGCAGAGUCGCCUGAUGAAGGAUCCUUUCUUGUUGCUGCCAGAGAAUUGGGUUUUGAGUUUUUCCAAAGAACUCAAUCAAGUGUGUUUGUUCGUGAAAAGUAUACUGCUUCAGGAAAACCAAUUGAAAGGGAAUACAAAAUUUUGAAUGUGUUGGAAUUUACAAGCAAAAGAAAGCGGAUGACUGUUAUUGUAAGGGAUGAAGAAGGGCAAAUUCUUCUCCUGUGUAAAGGUGCUGACAGCAUUAUUUUCGAUCGGUUGUCAAAGGAUGGAAAAUUGUAUCUGGAAGAUACCACUAGGCAUUUGAAUGAUUAUGGAGAAGCUGGAUUGCGUACAUUGGCACUGGCUUAUAGAAAGCUCGAGGAGUCUGAGUAUACUGCUUGGAACAAUGAAUUUCAGAAAGCAAAAACAUCUAUUGGGGCUGAUAGAGAUGCAAUGCUUGAAAAUGCUGCAGAUAUGAUGGAGAGGGAUUUGUUUCUCGUUGGUGCAACUGCCGUGGAGGACAAACUGCAGAAGGGGGUGCCCCAAUGUAUCGAUAAACUAGCACAAGCCGGUUUGAAGCUCUGGGUUUUGACAGGGGAUAAGAUGGAAACCGCUAUAAAUAUAGGGUUUGCUUGCAGUCUGCUAAGACAAGGCAUGAAGCAAAUCUGUAUUACAGAAAGUGGUUCAGAGGACAAACAGGAAGUCAAGGAGGACAUAUUGAAGCAAAUCACCAAUGGUUUAGAAAUGAUCAAACAAGAAAAUGAUCCACAUGCUGCCUUUGCAUUAAUCAUUGAUGGAAAGACUCUUGCAUAUGCCUUGGAAGAUGAUAUGAAACUUAAAUUCUUAGGCUUAGCGGUUGAAUGUGCAUCUGUAAUAUGCUGUCGUGUGUCUCCAAAGCAGAAGGCACUAGUAACAAGAUUAGUAAAACAAGGAACUGGGAAAACCACCUUAGCAAUUGGUGAUGGUGCAAAUGAUGUUGGAAUGAUUCAAGAGGCUGAUAUUGGAGUUGGUAUCAGUGGUGUGGAAGGUAUGCAGGCUGUAAUGGCCAGUGACUUCUCUGUUUCCCAGUUUCGUUUCUUGGAAAGACUUCUUGUUGUCCAUGGACAUUGGUGUUACAAGAGGAUCGCACAGAUGAUUUGCUAUUUCUUCUACAAGAAUAUAGCGUUUGGCCUCACCCUCUUCUACUUCGAGGCAUUUACAGGCUUUUCUGGACAAUCAGUUUACGAUGACUGGUACAUGUUGUUGUUCAAUGUUGUUCUUACCUCCCUACCAGUAAUGUCACUAGGAGUUUUUGAGCAAGAUGUUUCUUCUGAGGUCUGCUUAGAGUUUCCUGCAGUAUAUCAGCAAGGACCUAGGAAUUUGUUUUUCGACUGGUACAGGAUACUCGGGUGGAUGGGAAAUGGUCUAUUGUGCUCUUUAAUCAUUUUCUUCAUCAAUAUUAUCAUCCUGUACGACCAAGCUUUCCGUGCUGAAGGCCAGACCGCCGAUUUGGCUGUCUUGGGUACAACAAUGUUCACUUGCAUCGUUUGGUCUCUCAAUUGCCAGAUUGCCCUCACAAUGAGUCACUUCACAUGGAUCCAGCACGUCACAAUAUGGGGUAGCAUUGCUGCGUGGUAUAUAUUUCUCUUAAUUUAUGGCGCGCUAUCUCCUAGAAUAUCUGGCGAUGCCUACCAAAUCCUAGUGGAAGCCCUUGCUCCCGCACCCAUCUACUGGCAGACCACCCUCUUAGCCACAAUCGCUUGUACCCUCCCUUACAUGGCUCAUAUAGCUUACCAAAGAUGUUUCGAGCCAGAGGAUCAUCAUAUUAUCCAAGAGAUCAAGUACUACAGGAAAGAUGUUGAGGAUCAACACAUGUGGACUAGAGAACGGUCCAAGGCAAGACAGAAAACUAAGAUUGGGUUCACUGCACGUGUGGACGCAAAGAUCAGGCAAGUCCGAGCCAAGUUGAAUAAAAAACAAUAGCCUUUUUUGAAGAUUUUUUAGGGCCUCACUUAACAAUUUUAACAUUGAGCCACUCUUAUUUUCUUGAUCUCUUUAGAUUACACAAGUCCCAUUGAUUAUACAAAGGCCUCUGGGUGCUGGGGGCAAUUGUAUUGUAUUGUAUUGUAUUGUAUUGUGUUGUCUGUACACUACUCGACACACACAUAACAAGAGUUGGUAGCCGGUGAAAAUAGUCUAUAUCUUCAUCUUUGUUACAAGUUGCCUUAUCUCGGCUUGCCUGUGCAAGUCUGUAAAGACGUACAAUCUUGCAAAUGCUGUUGAUGUAAGAAGAAAAAAAAAUGAGGAUUUGAAGCAAGUCAUCUUCCUUGUUUUCUAGUA